AACCUGCAAAUGAUGUCAUCACUAAAACAACGGCAUUAUACCAUACCAUUUUGUGACACCUUAUAAACGCGAUAUUUAUUUUCAAAAUAAGUGAAAUGAAAUACAAUCUAUUUAUGUAAGCUUCUUAUUAAAGAAACACCGUUAAAAUAUAAAAUGUCUACCUACUUUGGGAUAUACUACAAAUAAUGAAAAUUACAUUUGAACGUCCCAACAUUAUCUGAUUAUGUGUGAAAGCUAUUGAAUUGAAAUUGAAAACUAAAGAUCCUUGAUAAUUGGAGGCAAAAUUUGAUCUUCCCAAUGUCAUGGACAAAAAGGAGGUUUCUCCGGGCUGCGCGGCUGCAAUGAAAAGGAAGGCGAGCGGCAGCCGGGGCAGCCAUAGCGGCGCUGCAGAAUCUGCGCCGGACGGUGCCGUAAACGCGAACGCUACCGAGGACUGCCCGUCGCCUGCCUCCGGCACUAUCGAUGACCGGCCCGCUCCAUAUUUAAAGCCUCGGGCUGACAGGAGUGCCGUCAUGGACGAAGCAGAGGACGGCGAGGAGGAGCUGAGAUUCCAGCAGCCGCGGCUGCGUCGCUCUGGUGGCAGUGGGAGCAGCGGCGGCGGCGGCGGCGGCGGUGGCAGCAUCAGGAUGAAGAACUUUAAGCCAGGAGGGGGAGUUGCGGCGACGGCGAGCAAGAAGUCGAGCAGCGAGCUCUCUCUUCUGCAAUGCGAGGCGUCCGAGGCGACCGCUACCUCCUCCGAGGUCUGCUCGGGAGAUGGUGCUGUACGAGGCGGCAUGGAUAGGGGCAUAGCAGGAGACACGCCUACGGGGGGACCGCCGACUGCGGCGGCUGCCAACGCAGGUGGACAGGGAAGCCCAACUCCCGUCACGGGCAUGAAAUGCAACAAAAACGGGGAGUGCAGGAGAGACUCCGGCACUACGGGCAGCCUGUGUUCCGGCAUCUCAAAGCAGGACAAAAUGAGCACUAGAGGAGGGGAGGACGCGAGUAAGCGGGGUGUCACCAAUUCAACCGCCAGCAUGGACGGCUCGGCAGCCCCCGUUGGGUCCCUUGCACAGGGACAGGGGGGUGACACUCUGGUCUCCGAGAAAAAGGACUCGAAGGUCUCUUUUUCCAACGCGCCCAGCAGAAAAGCAUCGUCUGCCAUCCACGGCCAGAGUCAAACCCGGCAGGCCAGAAAUUCUGUCACGUUUCAUAAGUCCGAAGAUGGACCUCAGAUCGUGGCCGAGGACGCUGAGCACCGAGGCAGUCAGGCCAGCUUCAUGCAGCGGCAGUUCAGCAGUAUGCUGCAGCCAGGAGUUAACAAAUUCUCCUUACGUAUGUUUGGAAGUCAAAAGGCAGUAGAACGGGAACAGGAGCGGGUUAAAUCAGCGGGCAACUGGAUUAUUCAUCCUUACAGCGAUUUCAGGUUCUACUGGGAUUUCACAAUGUUGCUAUUUAUGGUAGGAAACCUCAUCAUCAUCCCUGUGGGCAUCACUUUUUUCAAAGAUGAGACCACCACACCAUGGAUUAUCUUCAAUGUCGUGUCAGACACUUUCUUCCUUAUGGACCUAGUGCUCAACUUCCGCACUGGCAUUGUGAUCGAGGACAACACAGACAUCAUCCUUGACCCCAAGGAAAUAAAGAAGAAGUACCUGAAGACCUGGUUCGUGGUGGACUUUGUGUCCUCCAUCCCAGUGGAUUAUAUUUUCCUGAUUGUGGAGAAGGGCAUUGAUUCAGAGGUCUACAAGACAGCACGUGCCCUAAGGAUAGUGCGUUUCACAAAGAUCCUCAGUUUGCUCCGCCUUCUGCGCCUUUCCAGGCUCAUCCGCUACAUCCACCAGUGGGAGGAGAUCUUCCACAUGACCUAUGACCUGGCCAGCGCGGUGAUGCGCAUCUUCAAUCUGAUCGGCAUGAUGCUACUGCUGUGCCACUGGGACGGCUGCCUUCAGUUCCUGGUGCCCAUGUUGCAGGAUUUUCCUGCCGACUGCUGGGUGUCACUUAACAAGAUGGUGAAUGACACCUGGAGUGAGCUGUACUCCUUCGCCGUCUUCAAGGCCAUGAGUCACAUGCUGUGCAUCGGUUAUGGCCGCCAGGCCCCCGAGAGCCUGUCAGACAUCUGGCUCACCAUGCUCAGCAUGAUCGUGGGCGCCACCUGCUAUGCUGUCUUCAUUGGCCACGCCACCGCCCUCAUCCAGUCCCUCGACUCCUCCCGGCGGCAGUACCAGGAGAAGUACAAACAAGUGGAGCAGUACAUGUCCUUCCACAAACUGCCCGCAGACUUCCGGCAGAAAAUCCACGACUACUACGAGCAUCGAUACCAGGGCAAGAUGUUUGAUGAGGAGAGCAUAUUGGAAGAGCUCAGCGAACCACUACGAGAGGAAAUUGUGAACUUCAACUGCCGCAAGCUGGUGGCCUCAAUGCCCCUGUUUGCCAACGCCGAGCCCAACUUCGUGACGGCCAUGCUGACCAAGCUGCGCUUCGAGGUCUUCCAGCCCCGGGAUUACAUCAUCCGCGAAGGCACCAUUGGCAAGAAGAUGUACUUCAUCCAACAUGGGGUGGUGAGCGUGCUCACCAAGGGCACCUUGGGUAUGAAGCUCUCUGAUGGCUCUUACUUUGGAGAGAUUUGCCUGCUAACUCGGGGAAGGCGCACGGCCAGUGUACGCGCAGAGACUUACUGUCGCCUGUACUCACUGUCUGUGGACAAUUUCAACGAGGUCCUGGAAGAAUAUCCCAUGAUGCGGCGUGCCUUCGAGACCGUGGCCAUCGACCGACUCGAUCGCAUCGGAAAGAAGAACUCUAUCCUGAUGCACAAGGUCCAGCAUGACCUGAACUCGGGCGUGUUCAACAACCGUGAAAACGAACUCAUCCAGGAGAUCGUGAAGUAUGACCGGGAGAUGGUGCAGCCUGUGGACCUGCAGCAGGCGCGCGCCCUCUCCAGCACCCCGCCCGUGCACGGCGGUAUCUUCGCCCCGCCGGGCCAGCCCCCGGCCGGCUCUGCCAUCGGCACUCUGCAGCAGGCCGUGGCCCUCAGCUUCUGCCCCCCCAUGGUGUGCCCGCUGGCGGGCCCCAGCACCCUGCAGUCACCACGCAUGGCGCGGCGCUUUCAGGUAGUGCAGGGCAUCUCCAGCCCCAUCUCCAUGUCCCCGCUUGGGCCCCAGCCGUCCCUGCCGGGAGGGGCCUUUGCCUCGGCCCUCGCCAGCCCGCCCGUUCAGAGCCCGCUGGCCGCUGGAGGAAUGGCUCGGACCUUCCAGUACAGUGGCAGCCCGCUGGGCGCCGUGCCAUCGAGCUCCCAGCUUUCUCUGGCUCAGCAGUCCUUGGGGCUGGGGCCCGGCUCACAGCGGCCCAUCUCCCACCGGGCUGGUGGUGUGAGCCCCGAUGCUGCGGUUCUGUCGGCCUCGCAGCUCUCGCUCCCCCAGGAGGGGGGUCUUCAGGCCGGUCCCAGCCCUCCACAAUCUGCCUGUGUUUCCUCCAUGUCUAUUGGGUCGCCUGCUGGGGCACAGCCUGUCACACCAGGGUCCUCAGGGGUCAAAGGCCCCAUGCAACACAGGGUGUCACUGUCCCAUCAGGCGUCUCUGGGGACCACUCCCAUCUCAUCCCCUUCCCUCCCCGGCACACCCACUGGGACGGGGGCAGCCCCCAGCCCCAGCCAGCUAGACUCUGGGGCCGCCAGGAAAGAGUCCUCCACCUGCCUUCCUGAGACAGACACUGCGAGACACAGGCUGUCGUCCAACUUGUGACCUGGACGGAGCAGCGUAGCUUUGAAUACGUGACCUUAACGGCCGCCUUUCUCUUACUGAGCCCCCAGCCUUGAAUCUCACUGUCUGAAUGUACUAAUGAAUCUGUGGGAAUGUGCGGGACAAUAAUAAUAAUGGACUGAUAUUAGUGAAAACACAAAGUCUACACAAGUAUAAUCGUUAAACGGAUUAAUGCAGAUAGUCUGUUUGUAAGCCACCACGCAGACACAUAGCCACCGCGCUUCCCCCAUUCUGCCUUGAUGCCUCAGUAAAACGCUUCCCUCAUCGCACAUGCAUCGAUGCAUCAUAACUAAUAUAUCCUGCACACACUGCGCAGUGCUAAAACAAUGCAAACUGGCUGGAGCUGGAACAAAUGUAAAAUCAGGGACCUGCUUUAGGCGAACUAAUGCUUUGCAACUAUGGUUUAAUGUGUCCUUUUUCUGCAGUCAGUGGUAGCUCAGCAACUGUGUCCUUCCCAUGAUGCUGUAAUUUUAGUAUUGUUUAAAAAAUGAAAAAGGGAAAAAAAAAAACUAUUAGUGUUUUAGACCGCUGGUCGAUCUUAAAUCGAUUUGUAACAAAAAAAAAUGAAGAAUCUUAAUUGUAUUUUCUCCAGACCAAAGCUGAGCUUGAACACAAAGUAGAGUUGUAUCUAUGUUAACUAAGAAAAAAGUGUAAAGAAAAUGCCAUUUAUUUAAUUGCCUUGAUUCCAACUUCAGAAGCCAUAUCCAUGUCUGUGAAUGCACAUGUAUGUGUAUCUGUGUGCGCGUUUGUAUGCAUGUUGCUUUAGGAAUGAAUGAUUUUUCCAUUUUCUUUUAUUGGUUUGGCCUAUUCUCUUUCACUUCUUUUUUUAAAAGCAGCUGACAGUGAAACCCUGACUAUCGGGUCAUUUCAGUAAAAUUCAUUAAGAAACGGCUUGCCAGCUAACAGCAGUUAGCCAGGCAGUGAUUUGUAUUCUCAUUUGUUUAUGAUUCACCGAAAAGUAUUUUUGUAUGUUGGACCCUGGGGAAUGGGUCAGUGUUGUAUUAAUAAGAGGUUCUGCAGUAUAUUUACUGCCAAUCUGUUCUGUGCCCAUCUCUGGUGUAAGCUAUGGAAUGAUACCCAUCUCGCUACAUGCAGUAUAGAACACCACCAUCUUCUGUAACCAUUGUUUAUUAAGUCACAUUUGGCCAAACCCCUUCAUUAGGUUUUCUUUUGAUAUCAGUUUUAAAGUGCCGGUAUAGUUUUCUUUCAACUAAUAUGCUGUUAAUAAUUUACAGUUAAAUACAGUCCGCUGUCCCUUUUUGAAUAUGGAAUGAUGGACCUGGUCCCUCACACCUUGAAUCUCGCCACCUGAUUGUUCAUAAUCUUAAAUACUUGGGACAACGCUAUACUUUAUUAUAUGUGUAUGCUGCAACCUGAGUAAUAAGGUUUCUUUUGACAGGUAUCUCUAUGAUUUAUGUCUGCAGUCGAAGAAGAAAAACAGGCCUCCAGACCAAAGCAGGCUUGGUAUUGAUAAGUGCAGUUCCUAGAAGUCCUUUGAUACAGGAAUGGUAUGUUCUGUUUGUGUUUGGUUUUUGAUAAAUCAAAAAUCCUACGUCUUCUGUGACCAAUAGCACAAAGCAGUUCGAUGUGAGAAUUUCCAAAUGAUAAAUAUGUCGAUUACACCAAUAUAAACUUUGGGAAUCAGAUGGAAACAUCACACAUUUGGUCACAUGUGUAAGUCCAAGCUUGUGUGAAGGUAAUGUUUGCUGGACUGGCAGAUUGAUAUGGAUGAGUAGAUUUUGGGUGUGUCAUUUUGACUGCCCGUGGCUUUGAGCGAGGGGAUCGUUAACGAUUUAUGCCAUAUGCAAGUACUGCACCACAGUAGCCACUGUCUUUAGUCAUUGAGCAGUUAAACUACCCUCUGAUACUUCUGGAACAUACACUACACCAAGAACUUAAACAUGGACAUAAUAAGUCAAGUUCCUUAAGUUCCUUAAGAACUUUUCGAAAUUGUGGUGUUUCUUGAGAAUAUACUGCACACAUUAAUCGCAUAAUGAGUGCUCACCUGUGUUUUUCCUCUACUGUGUGUGCAAUUCAUCAACCCAGCCAAACACUUGAAUAUAUGUUUAUAUGUUUCUAAAAUUAAUUUUCAAACUUUAAGUGCAAUAGGGUAUAUAUAACUCCUUAUGUAAAAGUAUAUCGGAAAGUCCUCUCUCUUCUUGUCCUCUAUGAUAACAUAUCAUGUAAGUUUUUAAUCUUUGCAAUAAGACAUACAUUAAAAUGCCCACUACUCAGAAAUUGUAUGUUUUUGUGUUUCUAUGGCUCAUAUUCUCUUAGUGAGUUUGUCAGCUGCCUUUUUUCGGUGUGUGUUUGUUAUAGUAUCUGUAAAUUAUAUGAAAGCUCAGCUUUAAGUUGCGUCUGAAUGAGUAAUUCCUUUGUAUGGGCUACUUAAGCACUUCAGUAGCUAAAUGCAGUGUUCGUCACGUUCAUAUUUUCUGUCUUUCGGUAUUCAAGGCCAAUAUGUAACCUGGAUUUCUGUUGUUUCUGAAAUCAACCAGAAUAUAAGAAGCAAAGCAUAAUAUUUGCUUUUUAAGGAUUUGUAUUUUAUUCAGUCGUUUCUACAUCUUAAUUGUCUUCGCACAAAUAAGGAGCACUAGUGCCGAUUUAUUGUUUAUUGCAUGUUGUCUAUGAUCCUCCAUUUUUCAGUUUGAGGAAUGACAAAAACAUUACUUUAAGAUAGGGAUUAAUAACUUGAAACAUGUUUGGAGGGUCCCUUCUCUUUGAAUCACUGUAGUAAAGUAUUCUGCUGUAUAAAUGGGUAAAAGCUUUAGCUAAGUUAACAAAAUGAAGGAAACAAUACUGGCCUGUAACAUACUGCAACUCUGAAGCAAUGUAAAGGCAAUUUUUAAAGUUGAUUUUGCAGAUGUGUGACACACAAUAUGACUCAUAUCAAGCCUUAAUAAGUGAAUUUCAUUUUAGGCCUUUUUUUUUCAUGUCUAUCGCAUCAGAGUCUGAGUAGUGUUAGGUACUGUCCUGUUGUGUAAUGUGCAAGUGGAAAAUAUUGAUGCUUUAAUGACGUUGUAAAGUUAUGAAUCAUAACAUUGGGGAUGUCUGUAUUUUUAUGAAGCCGUUACUAUUCAAUAAAAAAUAUUUGAUCUGUUUAAGAGUGG